AUCAUGUGUUUGUAUGGUGGCAUUUGCUUCUAAUAUAAUGCAUCUGGGAGGAUGCAGAGAUGAUGUCCUUUCUCAAAGUCCCACCUCCUCAUGAAGGAGGUGCGUUUGACCCUGGAGCUCCUGGCAGGACGUAUGAACGACAGUCUGUGUGCACGCAUGACAUGCAGCUCCUCGGGAACAUCCUGUGAAAGAUUUCAUUCCUCUGAGGCUGAGGAGAAAAGGAAGCAGUGACACGUUGAGUUUGUGCGGGGUGUCAGUGGUGCGUGAUGACCGUCACUUACACCGCCAGAGUGGCCAAUGCGCGCUUCUGCGGCUUCUCCAAACUGCUGCUGGCCUGGAAGGGAAGCAUCUAUAAGGUCCUGUACAAAGAGUUCCUGGCUUUCUUCGCCAUGUACACAGCAAUCAGCAUCUCAUACAGAUUCUUCCUUGCAGACGAUCAGAAGAGAUACUUUGAAAAGCUUUCUAUUUACUGCAACAACUACGCCAGUCUCAUCCCAAUGUCCUUCGUAUUAGGGUUUUACGUGACAUUAAUAGUGAACCGCUGGUGGAAUCAGUACACCUCCAUCCCGCUGCCAGACAGGAUCAUGUGCACGCUCUCGGGGGGUCUUCAGGGUGGGGACGAGCAAGGCAGGCUGCUGCGCCGCACACUGAUGCGCUACGCCAGUCUGUCCGCACUCCUGAUCCUGCGCUCCGUCAGCAUGGCCGUCUUCAAGAGAUUCCCCACCAUGGAUCACGUCGUUGAAGCAGGUUUUAUGACAAGAGAAGAGCGUAAGAAGUUUGAGAGUUUACACUCUCCCUAUAAUAAGUACUGGAUCCCAUGUGUGUGGUUCACGAACCUGGCCGCAGUCGCCCGCUGUGAGGGCAGAAUCAAAGAUGACAAUACUUAUAAACUUCUUUUGGAGGAGCUGAAUGAUUUCAGAGGGAAGUGCAGCAUGCUUUUUCACUAUGACAUGAUCAGCAUACCGCUGGUCUACACACAGGUUGUGACUUUGGCCGUGUACAGUUUCUUCCUGGUGUGUCUGAUUGGUCGUCAGUUUCUGGACCCGAGUCAGGGUUAUCCGGGUCACGACCUUGACCUUUACGUCCCCAUCUUUACUCUUCUGCAAUUCUUUUUCUAUGCUGGCUGGUUGAAGGUGGCAGAGCAGCUAAUAAAUCCAUUUGGUGAGGAUGAUGACGACUUUGAGACCAACUGGUUGAUUGAUAGAAACUUCCAGGUGUCUAUGAUGGCAGUGGAUGAGAUGUAUGGAGAUUUGCCCAAGAUGGAGAGAGAUCGUUACUGGAAUGAUUCGAAUCCUCGUCCGCCGUACACAGCCGCUACGCUCUUUGUGCUGCGCAAACCCUCUUUCCAAGGCUCCACCUUCGACAUGGCAAUUCCCAAAGAGGACAUGCAUUUCCAGCCUCUGAAGGAGAUUGCUGAAAAUCUGGAGGAAUCUGUGACACGGAAUCACAACCUCGCCCUCUUUAACCGGCUCCUGGGCUCCGCCCCCUCUCCCACAGGCUUCAUGGGCGGAGCCUUACGGCGCACCUCCGCCCAGCUGCAGCGUUUGACACGCUCCGUCAGCCCACAACCAUCCUUUGCUGACGCAGAGAAUGAGGAAGAGAAGAGCAUGGGGAGGAGCACGGGAACGGCCGGAUCCAUGCCAUCUGGACUCGAGCUGGACACCACCCAGAGCACCAUCUGCAGCUGUGGAGGACUCAUCAACACCUGUCCUCCGCUGUCCGGUGUGGAGUUCCACAGGCAAGGUGAGAGAGAUGGAAGAGAUGAAGAGAAAGAUGAGAAGAUGAUGGAAAUGCCAAAGAUACCACCACCCACAGCACCGACAUCUGCAGGGAGGAGGAGUCCUCUCGCUCUGGGACGAGUCAAGUCUCAUUUCUGUGCCUCAAAUGCCACCAACCGCUCUGUACCCGACUUCUUCUCUUUUCAGCCAAUCAGUGACCCAGUAAAGGUCAUGACCCCAAAACCACAACCGACCAACAGCAAAGCAGAAGCAGUGUCUUUACUGAAUCCCAUCGCUUGAAGUCUCCACACUCCCACAGAAUUCAGAAAGAAAGCAGAUGCUGGCAGACUCACAGUUGUUGCCCUCUAAUGGUCAAACUCAAUGUCAGUGUGUUGGUUUAGGGUCAGAGGUCACAGGGUCAGGAAGUAAGGUCAAACAGUGACCAAAUACACCAACGUUGAGAAACUUGAUCGUGUUUAUAUUCUUUUAUAUUAAUACAUUCAAUCAAAAAGUGUGGAUGCUCUUACCUGAAGAUUAUUGACCUUUUAAACUCUAUUUUUAGACUUAAAGUGAUCAUGUGACAGAACAAUGAUAAUCAUCACUGAAAUUAAUCUAGUUUUUCUAGUUUCUUGAAAAUAAAUGAAGUGCAUGUCUAGUUAAAAUAACAACAUGUGACAAAAAACAAUCAUGUAAAUAACAAAUAUGACACAGGCACUGCUUUUAUAAAUAUGAUGAUUAUUAGGUUUGAUAGUGAUCGAAACUGUAAUGAUGGAAAUGAUCCUCAUGUGGGCAGUAUAGCAGCAUUGUAAGGCUUCUGGUGCUUUUUGAUCCAUAAGUGCAAUAUGAAAAAGAAACUACAUAUUAAUAAACAUAUUACAUAGUUUACAA